AUUCAUUUCUUUCUCCGUUGCUUCCCACUUCAAAUCCCAACAAAUCGGAGGUUCUGGUCCAGAUGACGUUCCUCCCCUCGAGGUCGCACGGCCGACAUCUUUCCCGCUUUGUGUAACCUGAUAUGCCAACCAACGGUCGGGUUCAUUUCAGCACGAUGCUUUGCAGCGCAAGUGGAAUAUUCCCUCCGCGGCCGGCCACCCCCUUUUUACAGUCCCGUCAUCGUCCCGUAUUUGCCGUCACAUAUUUUUGGAUGGAAAUGAAUUCACGUGGCGCGGUAACUCCGAGCCGUUGGACUCCUUUAUCCGAACAAAAAAGCCACUCACUUCCCCAAUGAGUCACAAUAACAAGCAGACAGACGCAGCAAUCAUCAGAUCGCUCAUGUGACCGCGCGUGCGUGUGUGUGUGUGAGAACAUCACGUCAUGCCGUGAAGUCCACCUUGUUAUCAGGGGGAAACAAACAGCGCGUAGCGAGUGUGAGGCCUUAUCGGCCGUCAGCACCUGAAAGCUGCCAUCUCAUUGGCUCAACUCUGAGGAUCCUGGGAAAGAAAAAAAAACCCCACAAAACACACACCGUGAAUUCUAAAGUGGAUGACAGCACUUCGCAAGAGCGCAGUGAGCCGAUGACGUGAUAAGUUGGGGGGAAAAUAAAGAUCAGCUUCGGGAUGGUGGAUGGAAGUUGGACACAAAGCGUGCGUGCGUGCGGCGGUCAUGGUGGAGUGUCAUGCGGUCUUGUGGGGGCCAUGAAGAUCCUCGCGAACCACCAGCACGGAGGACAAAACUGACAGCAGCGGACACCAUGAACUACGUGGGUCAGCUGGCCGGGCAGGUGCUGGUCACCGUCAAAGAGCUCUACAAGGGCAUCAACCAGGCCACGCUGUCGGGAUGCAUCGACAUCGUGGUCGUCCGCCAGCGGGACGGCACCUACCAGUGUUCGCCCUUCCACGUGCGCUUCGGCAAGCUCGGCGUGCUGCGCUCCAAAGAGAAAGUGAUUGACAUUGAAGUGAACGGAGAGCCAGUGGAGUUGCAAAUGAAGCUCGGCGACAAUGGCGAGGCUUUUUUCGUUCAGGAAACCGAACAGAAAAAUCAGAUUGUCCCCGCCCACCUGGCCACAUCCCCGAUCCCGACAGAAAGCCACCUUUUCUGGAUCUCAGAGGUGGAGCACCGCUCGUCGAAAGACUUGGCGGACGACGACCCAGCCGACCAGGAAGACCCACCUGAUCUGCCGGCCCCCGCCGCCGUCUCGACAAAAAAGAAGAAGAAACGGAGGAAGAAGCACAAAGGAGACCCCCGCCGGGAAGAGCUGACUCCCCCGAUGUCGGUCACCCCCGGCGUCGCUGCGACCGCACCGGCUGCUGCGACCAACGAGGAAAUGUUUGAGAUGGACCUGAGCUCUGACGAGGAUGUCUCAGCGCCUCACGUGUCCAGAUCGCCUUCGGUGUCCACAAUACGAGAUGUUGACCCCAGACUACCGGCGGCCAGACGUAACUUGGAUGGUUACGCGCUGUCUGAUGGCGACUGGACCACAAAUGACAGCCAUGACUUUUCCCAGGCCUUUUCUCCAAAGAGUGACUCCGAACUGAUGGUGAGACCCUCGGAGACUUUGCUGCGAGCCGAGUCGCACAUGCAGUGGACCUGGGGAGAGUUUCCGGAAACCGCCACGGUGACCAAAAAAGACAAAGCGGAGCUCCUUAAAACAGUGAGCAUCACCCCUUCCGAGAGCACCCAUUUCCGCGUUAUCCUCAGCUCCGAGGCCAUGGAGGACUACGGCGAAAUGGAGGACGCCGACCGUCCCGCGUGCGCCAUCGUCAAACCCGAGGCGCGCGCACUCACCAGGACCUCCUCUGCCACCACGUGCGAGAGUCUCGCCACUCUGGCGGAGCCCGUGGACUUGCUGCCGUACAACGUGGUCACCUCCACCCCUGGCGGCGGCCAGCAGAGCGACUCUCCCUCGAAAAAGAAAGGUGUCCCGAAGAGGAGCCAUCAUCAGGGCCCCGAGGACAUCUACCUGGACGACCUAACUGCACUUGAGCCCGAUGUAGCCGCCAGAUACUUUCCCAAGAGCGAGGCCGAGGCAGCCGGCAAGCACUGGAUGGAAACGGAGAUUCGCUCGGGCUCGCAGUCGCCGCAGUCGGUCGGCAGCGCCGCGGCCGACAGCGGCACCGAGUGUCUGUCGGAUUCAGCCGGCGACCUCCCGGACGUCACGCUGUCGCUGUGCGGAGGCCUGACGGAGAACGCGGAGAUAUCCAAAGAAAAGUUCAUGGAACACAUCAUCACCUACCACGAAUUUGCUGAAAAUCCAGCAAUUAUAGAUAACCCCAACCUUGUGGUUAAGAUCGCAAAUAGGUAUUAUAACUGGACUCUUGCCGCUCCCUUGAUUCUAAGUCUACAAGCAUUUCAGAAGAAUUUACCAAAGGCUACAGAGGAGGCCUGGGUGAAGGAGAAGAUGCCAAAGAAGUCGGGGCGCUGGUGGUUCUGGCGGAAACGGGCGGACAGUGCCAUCAAGCAGUCCGAGACGAAGCUUGACGCUAAGGAGCGGUCACAGUCGGCGGAUGAAGGACCCGCCAUGACACAGGAGAAUCUCACCUUAUUGACUAAAAGCAACGACUCGUCCAGCGAUGAAGAGUGCAAGGAAGUGAGCGCCGCGUCGUGUCAGGAGAGACAGCAUCUGAACGACAGUCAUCAGCAUCUGGGCGCGCAUGCCUACAGGAAGUCGCUGCGCCUAUCCUCCGAUCAAAUCGCCAGUCUGAAACUGAAGGAAGGCCCCAACGACGUGACUUUCAGCAUCACCACGCAGUACCAAGGCACGUGCCGCUGCGAGGGCACCAUCUACCUGUGGAACUGGGACGACAAAGUCAUCAUCUCCGACAUCGACGGGACCAUCACCAAGUCCGACGUGUUCGGACAGAUCCUGCCGCAGCUUGGGAAGGACUGGACCCACCAGGGGAUUGCCAAACUCUAUCACUCAGUAGCUGAGAACGGCUAUAAAUUCCUGUACUGCUCGGCUCGCGCCAUCGGCAUGGCGGACAUGACGAGGGGCUACCUGCAGUGGGUCAACGAUGGGGGCACCAUCCUCCCCCGCGGGCCCCUCAUGUUGUCGCCCAGCAGCCUCUUCUCAGCCUUCCACCGGGAGGUCAUCGAGAAGAAACCCGAGAUCUUCAAGAUCGAAUGCCUGACGGACAUCAAGAACCUCUUCCAGCAGAACAAGCAGCCGUUCCACGCCGCCUUUGGCAACCGAGCCAACGACGUGUUUGCCUACAAGGAGGUGGGCGUUCCCGUUUGCCGGAUCUUCACAGUCAACCCCAAGGGAGAGCUGAUCCAGGAGCAGACCAAGGGCAACAAGUCCUCUUACUGCAGGCUGAGCGAGCUGGUGGAGCACGUGUUCCCGCUGCUGAGCAAGGAGCAGAACGAAGCUUUUGCCAUGCCCGAAUUCAGUUCCUUCUGCUUUUGGAGGACACCCAUCUCUGCCGUGGACCCCGCGGACCUGCUGUGAAUAUCGCUCAGGUACUCUCUCGCUCUCUUGCAACGUGGAGAGGACCAAGACGACGCGUAACACACUUCAAAGGGCGGCCUGGAGGAUCAGAAAACCUUUUUUUUUUUUUUUUUUUACGGCAAUUCCCUGGCACCGCAAAUGUACAAAAGAGACACCUGAGAGAUGCUCGCUUUUGCCAAACCAAACGCCGCCUUAGACGCACUUCUGGACCUGCUUAACGGCUGCCGCAGUUGCGGUACAGCGAGAAUGAGUCACGCUCAGUAUUCAAGGUCAUGCCUCCGCUCUCAACACCAAGCAGCUACUCCUCACGCGGAGGCCUCUCACUUCAAUGAUGAGAGGACAAUAUAGGCAUAGAAGGCUCUAUUUACGAUGCUCAAAAACCACCUCUGAUCAGUCAUUAUUACUCUUAUUUAUGAUGAUAAAUGAUGUGUUUAAGUUAUUACCGAUUGCGAUGCCUUUUGCUUUGUCUGAAGAAGUCUUUUACGGCCACGUUGUUGGGCAACAUUAGCACUAAAUGCUAACAGGAAGCCUUUUUACUUUGAAGUCAAUAAUAUGUUCAUGUUUGGUACGCGCACAUUCCUCGGUAUAUGUACACAACCGUUCAAAUGACUUCAUUCAGUUUGGGGUCGCUUAUUAUUCAUUGAAAAAACAAAAAACAAAUACUUUUG